AAUUGUCAAUCAUGGUUAAAUGGAAUAGAUUUGUGCAGAAAAAGCGUUUUUUAUCCAAUCUAGGAGAUCAAAUUUUAAAAUUUACCCCUAAUAACCUUUCGCAAAUAAUAAAGAAAUAAAAAACAUUGUUGUAUGCUACGGCACUGUUGAUCAUUGACCUAGGACCAUCAAAUUAAAAUUAUAUGCACAAGUUUCCUGAGCAAACAAGAAAACAACAUUAUUCUUGUUAAUUCAACUUGUUUACGCUUAUAGUUGAUUCAGUUGUUUACAUCAAUUGACAAUAGAUGUGUUUGAAACUUACUUCACUGAGCUUACCUUCCUGUUCCGAUUUUAAUAAUUACAAAAAGCGCUUUUGUUUACCAAACCUUUUAUGCAGUGCCAAAUGAACAAAUAUUUAUUAGUUAGUAAAUGUAUAUAAGGCGUUCUCUACCAUCCUUCAUCCCACAGAGCGUCGAAAGUUCUUAUCAAGAUGAAUAUCGCAUGUGUUUGUUUACUCGUUGCCAUGGCGACGUUUGCCAAAGCCAGUAGUCCGGAGGAAGGAGACAUGUUUGAAGGAGAUAUGAUUCUCUCACCUGAUCAAAUGGCUGCACUGCAAGAACAAAACAGAAAGAAAAACUCGUUCGCUUCGAUCAAAGCAAGCCACUGGAAAGACAAAAAUGGAAAACCCGAUGUGAUCAAGUUCUACGUUGACAACGCAAUAUCCAAAGCACGUGGUGUGAUACUUGAGGCUGUUGCAGAAUAUCAAAAACAUACAUGCAUAAGAUUUCAAGAACUUGGUUAUAGACCAACUAACGAGCCGCAUCUAUAUUUCGCAACUGGAAGAGGUUGUUCUUCACCUGUGGGGAGAUGGAGAAGUGGCAACAGAAUUUCUUUAGCUACAGGAUGCUGGACAAAGGGAAUUGUUAUGCACGAGAUGGGUCAUAGCUUAGGAUUCUACCAUGAACAAUCCAGACCUGACCGUGAUAAUUACGUUUAUAUCCACUUGGAAAACAUCAACCCUGGUUCUCGGUUUAACUUCAACAAAUACACAACUGAUACAAUCGAUUCACUUGGUACUCCCUAUGAUUACGAAAGUUUGAUGCAUUAUGGGAAGAAAUAUUUCACCACUGAUUGGAACAAAUUAACAAUUCAAACACACGAUCCAACUAUGCAAGAUAAGAUUGGUCAAAGAAAAGGUUUCAGUAAGGGUGAUAUAAUUCAACUGAACAAAAUGUAUUGCAAUGGUAGUGGAACUGGAAGUUCGUCUUGUCAAGAUACAGACAAUGGAUGUAAAGAUUGGAAAUCAUUUUGUAGUUACGACCCAUACACCAUAAAACAUUGCAAGAAAACAUGCGGAAAGUGUUGAUCAUGUGAUCAGCUUCAAUUUCGUUCUCAGUACUUUUUGUUAGGUACAAAGGUGUUUGGUUUUGUUAAAUAUAUACUUCAUAUU